GGCGCUGGCUCGUGCAACUCAGCGCUGAGCAAUUGCACUUCCGAAAUUACGUGAUCGAGCUGAAAAUACAAUAACAAUGGCGAGCUUCACUCAAUUUGUUAUAUGUUUGGGAUUGAUUCUCAAGAUUUCACUUGCUGCUGAUGAGGCAAAGACUCCUUUCGACGAUGUUUUUGAAGAUGUAGCAUCCUGUAGUUCAUCAUGUGAAAGGACAUAUCCCCUACACACAUAUCCAAAGAUGGAGGAUUUGCGAGCAUGUCAACGAGGAUGUCGUCUUUUUUCUAUGCUCGAAUUUGGUGAAGUGGAUUAUGAAACAACAGAUUUUAAUAGUACCAAACAGGCUUGCAAAGGAGCUUGCCAUGAAGCAUAUAGCAAUGAAGAGCGGUUGUUUGCCUGCUGUCUCGGAUGUACAGAGCAAGUUCCAUUUGCUAAACAGAUGAGGAGACAGUAUGCCAGCCAGGAAGCAAGCAUGCACGUCCUCGUCCCUCUCUUCUCAGUGCAUAGCAUCUUUCAGCAGCUGACGUCCAGUGUACGAGGGGUCUCCUUCUCCCAGGCGAUGUUCUACUGGCAGGGCGAUAAUAAUCAGCUGUACAUCUUUGAGACCCAGCCAGAGAUUGAUAUCUUCACUGUAGAUCCUGACCCACAGGAUCCCUUCAAUUUUGGCAAGCAGUUCAACGGUUUCGAGACUAACCUAGAAGUACUUAAUGAUCACGACCCGACCUCUGAUCCAACCCGACCUUACGCCACUCACCUUGAUACAUCUAGCUGGUUGGACUGCGUGGCCAAACGAUCAGGGCUCCCUCGUUGGCUGCUCUCAAUCACCAUCCUCCUCUCCUCUGUCGCCCUCUUGUGGCUGUGCUGUGCAACCAUGGUUACCGCUCCAGAAAGGAGAGUUAGAGCACCUAAAUUAAGUAUCAAUGGAGACUUGGAAUACCUGAAGCAGAAUAAGAAAUGCCCCGAUGGACACAUUCCCAUUUAUAUCUCAACCUACACGACCAAGCCAAGCACCAAUGAUACCGAUGACGAUGUCGAGCCGCUGCCACUCAACAUCGAUAUAAUCCCUACCCAAUCUAAGAUAUAGUCUGCAUGCCAGAAAGACCCUUUCAUAAUAGAAAGGAGUCGUUUGGAUACCCUGUUUUUCUUACAUAGAAUAUUCAGUUUACCAGUUGUAUCAUCAUCUCAAAUGAAAUUGAUAAUCAAAUCAUGGUGGUAUUGCACAGCGACUGUACAUGUAUGGAGGUAUAUACUGAUAUAUUUUCAAUUUACAAACAAUAUAUAUUUAUAGUUCUAUAUUCAAACUCUGAUUCUGUCUGAUGGUUAGAAUCAGUUUAGCCAAGAAGCUUUUAAGAAUUGAGACACAAGGGACCUCAAAUCAAUUCAUGAAUUUAUGUUACCCCAUCUAUUCAAAUUCCUUUGUCGAGUGCCCUGGCUGUCAGAAAUGAGACAUCCGUGUACAUGUAUUUUGCUGCUCUUAUCUCUGAAACGAAUAAUAUUGGAUACAUGCGUUUCAUAAUUCAUUGUACGCUCUUUCAUUCUCAUUGUACUCGGUACACGUAGUUCUAUACUGAAACAACUACACUACAUUGUAUUAACUUUUUAAUGCUGCAUACGCCUUGUAUGUAGGUGGGUGUGCCACUUUCAUGUACAGGUAUACACUACUAUUUCAUUCUACGUAUCAGAAGGAACUCUAGGCAAAAAGUAUCAUAUCUUUCAAUCUAUCCGAUUUGAUAUUUGUGUAGAUAAUCUUCAUACGCCUGUAGAUUCGUGUGUAAUAUUCACAGGUAGGAUGAAUUACACGUCAUGUAGCAAUU